AUGCUGUUUCUCCUCAGGCAAGGGGGAGUUUCCGCUCUCCGCCCCCUCACAAGGGUCAAGCAACUCUACACUCCGCUACUAUGGCGGUCGUACUCGGCCGCGUUAUCUACGGACCCCGUCCUGGCUCAGCUUAGACGCGUGAGCGAGCUGCAGGAACGCGUACGGGCGACCAACUCCAAUGCUGCCAAGCAGCGGAUCAUCGUGGAGUAUCCAGACCUCAGGAACCUUCUCGAGCAAGUAUAUCACCCCAAGUUCCGAACUCACCUGAGCUCCGCAUCCUUGGACUCCUACCUCUCAUCCCCAACUUCCAAGCUCUCCACCAUUCCCCCUCCGGACAUCCCCUCGCUCUUCGACACACUCUCCACUCGGUCCGCCACUGGCAACGCAGCGAAGGAGCUAGUGCGGGCGUUUCUGGUCUCGCACGGGGUGAUAGGCAAGGAGGGCGAUGGAGGUGGGAAGGGAGACACAGCGGCGCUGGAGGUGUUCAAGCGGUUGCUGGACCGGAACCUCGUCGCUGGUUUCGGCGCGCGGACGCUCUCGGAGAUUCAGUGGCCGGUCAAGGCGGAGCAAGGCGCAUCCGCCCCUCAGCCCACCGCUGCCCCGGGAUCAUCAGUCUCGUCCGCUUUUCCCGGUCACCCGUCGUCGCCCUCUGCGCCGCCUAAGACCUCUACUUCACGCUCUAUGGACAAGUUCAGUUGCGCGCUCGGCAAAACUAUCCUCCCCCACCAGCUCAGCUCCCUCUUCUCGCCGAUCUCGCCCCAAUGGUUCGCCUCGCGCAAGCUGGACGGCGUACGCGUCAUCACGUUCCUCGACUUUUUCGUCCCUACCACGCCCGGCGUACCACCCGUGCUGAAGGACAUCGCACAUCUUUCCCGGGCAGGAAACGCCUUCACCUCGCUUGGCAACCUCCGACCGCAGCUCGCACCCAUCACAGGCUACCCGCAACUCCGGGAAUGGCUGGACAGCGACCCGCUGGCCGUAUCGGCGGCUGAAGAGGUUGACGGGGUACCGGGGCAUAUGAAGCGGCUAGUCCUUGAUGGCGAAGUCUGCGUCAUGCGCCCUCGUACCGUUUCGGACACCGCUCCGGCUUCCUCCUCGUCCCAUCCACUCUGGUCUGGCGACAGCAACCUCGUCGAGGACUUUGCCGCCACCGUCUCGGAGAUCAAGCGGGGCAAGCACACCAUCGAGAAUCCGGGAUACCACCUGUUCGACAUCCUCUCUUGGUCCGAGUUCCACGGAACGGCGAAAGCUCCGGGCCGGAACAUGUUCAGUCAGCGUAUUCAGGAGCUCAAGGAGCUGGGGACAUGGCUGAGCGGGGAGCUGGAGAGGGAAGGGGUACAGAAUGGGCUGAAGGUGCUGGAACAGGUCCAGGUGGGCGGAGUGGAGGAGGUGGAGGGGAUGGUGCAGACUGCGGCAGAGAGGGGGUGGGAGGGGCUGGUGUUGCGGGCUGACAGGCCUUAUAAGGGGUCCAGAAGCUCGGACGUGCGCAAAUUUAAACGAUGGCUCGACGGCGAGUAUACCGUUCGGGAUAUCGAACUCUCUCGACAGCGACUCUCGAUUGACGGGGUCUUUGCGGAGUACGAGGCGGUCGCGGCGCUGGUAUUCCAUCACAAGAGACAUCCUGUGACAGUCAGCAGUGGGUUGACGGCGGAGCAGCGGGUCCAGUGGGCGAAGGACCCAAGUUUGAUCAUCGGCCGGCAAAUGACGGUCGAGUACUUCUCCGAGUCCGAAGCGGCGGGGAGGGAGGGCGUACCGAGCUUGCGCUUCCCGCGCAUCAAGACCAUCUACGAGGGAAAGCGGGAUAUCUAG